AUGCUUCUCAUUACGAAGAUGGUUGAUAAGAAGUCAUGUUAUGGUGGAAGCAGUGUAAGUGCUAUUUUUUAAACGUCGACUUGCAUAGGCGGUCCUUUCGAGUCUUACAGUGACAACCAUGCAUCAGUGUGUUUGUCUCACGGUAACGAUAGAUUUCGGCAGUAUGCUGGAAUCGGUGUAUUACAUCCGAAAGUUGACACAUCGGCGCAUAUGUUUGGUUCGCUCCCGAACAGUAGGGGGGUAUAAAACCAACAUGGGCGAGGUCGCAUGAUGCUGCACACGCCCUAUGGAUUCGUCUUGGCAACGUUCUGCACCUGUAUUUAGCACUCAACCCGAAAAAGGUAGCGAAGAAAAUACCAAGUCAGUCCUGAUCGAAGAGAUCAAACCCUCAAUUAGACCGUCAACACCGCAAGAGCUUACUCAAGGAGGUUCCCGCACGUCUUCUGUGUCUGCGACUGCAAGAACAUUUAGUGACAGCCAUGCGAAUUCAACGGAAGCCGACGAACUAAUCAAUGAUUGGGACGGCCCCGACGAUCCGGACAACCCUCGAAACUGGACGGUGUAUAGAAAAUGGGCUGCGACCCUUGCUGUAUCAGCCUUCACUUUCAUUUCUUCCAUUUCGUCAUCGAUGGUAGCUCCUGCAGCUGAACAGAUAUCGGAAGAGUUCAGCAUCCACAGUGGCGUUACAUUAUCAAUGGUCGUUUCCUGUUAUGUUCUUGCAUACGCCGUUGGUCCUCUUGUUCUAAGUCCCCUCAGUGAAGUGUACGGUCGGUCGCGUGUCCUCCAAAUUGCCAAUCUUUUCUUCUUUGCAUUUAAUUUUGCGUGUGGAUUCGCACAGAAUACGAGUCAACUCGCGGUAUUCCGAUUCUUGUCGGGGUUGGGUGGAAGUGCGCCGCUUUCAGUCGGUGGAGGUACCCUUAGUGACAUAUUCGCAGCUGAAGAUCUCCGAUCGCUGGAGCUUUCAUCGCACAAACUACCACAUGGCCGAUGGGUCUUCUGGUCAUCGACGAUAGCAGAUGGUAUUGUGCAACUUUUCGGAUUAUGGUUCUUGCAAGAAACCUACCCACCUGUCCUUCUUGAACGCAAGGCGGCCAAGAUCAGGAAGCAAAUGGAUUCAGAGAAGAGGCUUUAUACGAGUGUCAGGACGGUCUAUCAAUCCAAAGGUGGACGCAGCUGGAAGGAACCCUUCACGGAAGCUCUCAUUCGACCGUUCAUUCUAUUUGCGCAAGAGCCAAUUAUCCAGCUGUUUGGGUCAUAUCUAGCGCUAUCAUAUGGAACGGUUUACUUGACAGUCACUACUCUCCCACAGAUAUAUAGUACUGUCUACCAUGAGAAGAUCAGCAUUGUCGGACUGCAUUAUCUGGCUCUGGGACUCGGAUUCAGCUUGACUUCACAGAUCAACUCUCGUCUCCUUGACCGUGUGUACAUAUACUACAAGGACAAGAACGGUGGCGUUGGGAAACCAGAAUACCGACUGCCUGUUAGCAUUCCAGUAUCGUUAGUCCCAGACAUAGGCUUUGUCUUGAUUGCGGCGGGCAUUGUAGCAGCAUUUCAAGCAAUGCAGACGUAUAUUGUCGACGCAUUUACAUUGUAUGCCGCUUCAGCUUUGGCAGCUGUAUCCUGCUUCCGGUCAUUAGCAGGCUUUGCUUUCCCCCUGUUUGCUCCUAAUAUGAACCAGGCAUUGGGGUACGGUAAGGACUUCUAGCCCUGACUUCGCUCACUUCUGCCAAUAACUUGUCUCACUCACC